GGAAAGGGCGCAUGGUAUCAUAUUCUUGAUACUCACCCAAAUACCCUGGCUGCGACAACAUCAUGUCGACGACUACAGCCGUCCAGCUCGAAGCCUACGGCAACGGCACAACCUACGAACCCAACACCACCUCAACUCUCCGUCCAACAAGAGCCGGUCUCGCUGAAAAUGCCUCAACACGCCAUCCAGAAUCUGAUGACCCAGCCCUUGAAGCUUCACGCAUCGCUGAUAGCACAGUCCCUGAUGGUGGCUACGGCUGGGUUGUUAUCGGUGCCUGCGCCGUCGUAGCCUGGUGGGUUAUCGGACUGAGCUACGUCUGGGGUGUUUACCAAAAUGCCCUAGUUGAGCGAAACGUCGGAUCUCCUCUGGCCUUGUCCUUCUGCGGUUCGUUAUCGCCAGCUUUGAUGGCUACCGUUGGAGUCAUCGUGUCGAGAAUGCUACGAACGUUCGGGACACGCAAACUUAGCUCCGUCGGAAUCAUUCUCAUGGCUCUUUCUCUCAUUGGCGCGAGUUUCGUCACAGAUCAUCUUGUUGGAUUGAUAUUCCUCCCUGGUAUUCCUCUUGGUCUCGGUAUGGCUGGUUGCUUCAUGUCUUUCUCCCUCGCUCCAGCGCAGUACUUCAUGAAGAAGAGGGGAUUGGCCAAUGGAAUCGUCUAUGCUGGCGGUGGAUUUGGAGGUGCGAUUAUGAGUAUUGCGACCAAUUCUCUUAUUGAGAAGCACAGCGUCGAGUGGGCUUUUCGCAUCACUGGUAUCCUCAUCGCUGUUUCGGGACUUCCAGCCGCCCUGCUGAUCAAAGAGAGGGUACCUUUAGCCAAGACCGGGAUCGUUGACUGGAGACUAUUUCGGCAGCUCAACUUUGCUAUCCUCUUCUUUGCCGCUGGCAUCGGUAUCUUCCCUCUUCUAGUCCCACCUUACUUCCUUCCCCUCUACUCUCGAUCUAUGGGUCUGAGUACAAACACUGGUGCUGGACUUGUUGCAGGCUUCAGUUUUGCAUCUGCUGUAGGACGAAUCAUGAGUGGAUAUCUCUGUGAUAAAUUCGGGCCGUUGAAUACCCUUGCGGCCUUCUUCCUUGGAAAUGCACUCACCAUGCUUGCCCUCUGGCCUGCAUCAACGACUCUCACACCUUUGGCUGUCUUCGCAGUGCUCAAUGGUUUGAUGAAUGGUGGAUUCUUUUCUUCUAUGCCAACUGUUGUCGGCAAUGUUUUCGGGUCUGCCAGGGUAUCAACAGCUAUGGGUAUGGUGAUUGUUGGCUGGGUAGCCGGUUAUCUUUUCGGCUCUCCCAUUGCUGGUUUCCUUCUUCAAGCGCAUGGAGGUGCAGAUGAGGGGCUGGGUGCAUAUCGACCGGCCAUGUUCUACGCUGGCUCGAUGUCAGCAAUUGCCACUGUUUUGACUGUUAUCUUACGGUUGAGAAUCAACAAGAAGUUGAUGGCAAAGGUUUAGAAUGUAGCUUCAAGGUGUUUGAAUAGGGUCAAGGAUACAGAUUGGGGAGAAAUCCCCUAGGCCUACAGCAAAAGGUCUGAAAUAGUUCAAAUGUAUGUAUAAAAUAGAUAGACAAGAAUAGUAUGUCACCAGUGUAACA